AUGUCUGCUCCAGCUCAUAAUUAUAAGGUCGCUGAUAUUUCUCUUGCUGCCUUUGGUAGAAAGGAAAUCGAAUUGGCUGAACACGAAAUGCCAGGUUUGAUUGCCAUCAGAGAAGCCUACGGUGCUGAGCAACCAUUGAAGGGUGCUAGAAUUGCCGGUUGUUUGCACAUGACCAUUCAAACUGCUGUUUUGAUUGAAACUUUGGUUGCCUUGGGUGCUGAAGUUACCUGGAGUUCUUGUAACAUUUACUCUACUCAAGACCACGCUGCUGCUGCCAUUGCCGCAUCUGGUGUUCCAGUCUUUGCUUGGAAGGGUGAAACCGAAGAAGAGUACUUGUGGUGUAUCGAACAACAAUUGUUCGCUUUCAAGGACGACAAGAAGUUGAAUUUGAUCUUGGAUGAUGGUGGUGAUUUGACCAGUUUGGUUCACGACAAAUACCCAGACAUGUUGAUGGACUGUUUCGGUUUAUCUGAAGAAACCACCACUGGUGUCCACCAUUUGUACAGAAUGGUUAAGGAAAACAAGUUGAAGGUCCCAGCUAUCAACGUUAACGAUUCCGUUACCAAGUCUAAGUUCGACAAUCUGUACGGUUGUAGAGAAUCCUUGAUCGAUGGUAUUAAGAGAGCCACCGAUGUCAUGUUGGCCGGUAAGGUUGCUGUCGUUGCUGGUUACGGUGACGUCGGUAAAGGUUGUGCUGCUGCCUUGAGAGGUUUCGGUGCUCGUGUCAUUGUCACUGAAAUCGAUCCAAUUAACGCUUUACAAGCUGCUAUGGAAGGUUACCAAGUCAUCCCUAUGGAAGAAGCUGUUUCCUCCGGUCAAGUCUUCGUCACCACCACCGGUUGUAGAGACAUUAUCACCAAGGAACAUUUCUUGCAAAUGCCAGAAGAUGCCAUUGUUUGUAACAUUGGUCACUUCGACAUUGAAAUCGAUGUUGCUUGGUUGAAGGCCAACGCCACUGAAGUUAUCAACAUCAAGCCUCAAGUCGACCGUUACUUGCUACCUUCUGGUAAGCACGUCAUCUUGUUGGCUGAUGGUAGAUUGGUUAACUUGGGUUGUGCUACUGGUCACUCUUCCUUCGUUAUGUCCUGUUCUUUCUCUAACCAAGUUUUGGCUCAAAUUGCUUUGUUCAAGGCUCAAGACAAAGCAUUCAGAGAAAAGUACAUCGAAUUCCAAAAGACUGGUCCAUUUGAUAUCGGUGUUCACGUUCUACCAAAGAUCUUGGACGAAGCUGUUGCCAAGUUCCACUUGGACAACCUAGGUGUUAAGUUAACCAAGUUGUCUGACGUUCAAUCUGAAUACUUGGGUAUUCCAGAAGAGGGUCCAUACAAGGCUGAUCACUACAGAUACUAA